AUGGCGGAGCUGCGGGCGCAGGCGCUGUGGCAGGCGGAGCAGGAGGCGGAUGCCCUGCAGGCAGCCCUGAACGAGGAGGACUGCGCGCUCUUCGAGCAGCACGUGCUGGGGGGCGUACCGUGCCCCCUCUGCGGCCUGGGCCGCCUCUGGUCGCAGGCGGGCACGCUCCUCUGCACGGGCUGCGAGGACAUGCGCGUCCCCCUGGUCGACGAGGCCAUGCCCAUGGAGGACGUGUCGGAGUUGCUGGGCCUGGCCGAGGACGGACACCGGUGCGCCGGGUGCAGCCUCAGGCCGAAGUUCGAGGUCACGUCUGGCGCGGGCCCGCCGAUCCUGCGGCUCUGCUGCGCGGGCUGCGGCUGGAGCGAGCUCGCGCUGUGA